AUGAAACCGGGGAAUAAAUAUGUUGCCUACUUAAAGGAUUAUUGUUCUAAUUGUACUUUGGCCGGUUUCAGUUAUAUUGCCAACACAAACCUUCAUGUUAUCGAACGUAUAUUUUGGUUCAUAUGUGUAGUCAUAUCAGCUUUUGGUUCUUAUGUCUUGAUCAGCCAAUAUCAACGAGAUUUUAACAGUCGUGCUGUUAGCAUUGUUUAUGAAAGUCUACCAUCCACUCAUAGGAUUGCUUUUCCCACUGUAGCGGCCUGUGAUAUGUACAAUAAAUAUGAGGCUUUGCCGAACUUGAUUGAUUUUGUAGAGGAACUAGAUGGUCCUAAUGCCAAAGACUAUAGUUAUGAAAUUGAGAACUUUAUAAGUUUUUUGAUUUAUCCGUAUAUUUAUCGAGAGGGUAACAUCAAGUCCUGGUGUAAAGUCAAGUGUUGUACAGAGUGUCCCAAGGACAAUUUACGUGAUUUAUAUCACCGGUUUAAAACCAAUUGCAGUGAUUUCUUUGAAUAUUGUGAAUUUUCUCUGAAACCCUUUGAUUGUUGCAAAUAUUUUCUGCCUUUAGUGACACCACAUGGUAAUUGUUUUAUGUUGAAUUCUUUAUUGAACAAUAAAAGAGACAGUCCUACUUGGUUUAAUAAUGAACUAGAUCCCAUGACAGAUACAGCAAAAUUGAAAAUUGUUACCAAAAUGCCCACACAGGUUUCCAUAAUGAACGAGGAAGAUGUACCUCAUGAUGCCCUGCCCGGUUAUAAAAUCGAGGCUAAUAAACCCGGCCAGGACAAGACCUUUCAAAUUUUUAUGCAAACCAUGAUAAAUGAUCCCGAUGUAAGAGACAUUGCGCCAGCCUUUCGUCAAUGUCGUUUUCCCGAUGAACUAUUGCCGGAUACUUCCUAUAAGGCCUAUAGUUUUAGUACUUGUUUUGUGGAUUGUUUGAGAGUACAUCAAAUGAAUGAAUGCAAUUGUUCGGUAUUCUCCGUUAUGCCAGAGGAGAAUGCUAAUUAUAAAGAUUGUGAUUUGGAGGGUUUUCUAUGCUUGGAAAAACUGAUUUUAGUAAGACCGGAUGGUAGAAAUUUACUACCCUGGGCUAAAAGCAAAUACACCUGCGAGUGCUUGCCCUCCUGCACAGAAAGUGAUUUUAAAGUUGUAUUUGAUUACCAACAAAAAAUUAAUGCAUCUAAUCCUUAUCUAACCAUCUCUGUAACGAUGCCAGAAUUUGCCACCGAACGUUAUCGUCGUCAGGCUUUGCGCACACGUUUGGAUGUGGUAGUGACCAUUGGUGGCAUAUUGGGUUUAUUUUUGGGUGCCAGUAUUUUAAGUGGCAUUGAAUUUUUAUAUUAUUUUACCUUAAGAUUAUGGAAUAAUUAUAAAAUGGAAAGACGCCAAAAACGACAGCAGCAACAACAAUUUAAAACAACAAGGCAGCAGCAAGCUUAUUAAAUGAAAGCAACAAAUGAGAAAACACUAGGGAACUGAGAAAAAGCAU